AUAAUUUCUGUCUAUUAUUUAUAGGUUUGACUUUAUUCAUAAUUACAUUAUUGUACAUUAUAAAAAUUGAACUUUGAAGUGUAUAUUUUAUUGAUAUUACUUCAUUGAUAAAUAAUCAUAUUGUUAUUUUGCGAAUUAAUUAAUAAAUUUAAUUGAAAAUUAUGUCGAAACCUGUUAUAAUCGCCGCGACAACCCGGCAUACAGCAACUCUGAUCUUCUUGCAUGGUCUUGGUGACACUGGUCAAGGAUGGGCAACAUCACUUGGUGCUAUUCGGUCACCUCAUGUCAAGGUCAUCUGUCCAACAGCUAAUACAUUGCCAGUUACUUUGAACAUGGGUUUUCGUAUGCCAGCAUGGUUUGAUUUAAAAACUCUUGAUGCAACUGGUCCAGAAGAUGAAGAGGGAAUUAAACAAGCUGCAAAAUUAAUUCACAGUUAUAUUGCUGAUGAAGUUAAAGCUGGUAUACCAUCAAAUAGAAUUGUCAUUGGUGGUUUUAGUCAGGGUGGUGCACUUGCACUUUACAGUGCAAUAACAUAUCCAGAAACACUUGCUGGUGUUAUUGCAUUAUCAGCUUGGCUUCCACUUCAUCAAAAAUUUCCAGGAAAUGUUGUUGGUAAUAAAAAUACACCAAUUCUUCAGUGUCAUGGAGAUUGUGAUCCUCUUGUGCCCUACAAAUGGGGACAGAUGACUUCCUCAUUGUUGAAACAACAUAUGACUAAUACUGAAUUUAAAACCUACAGUGGCAUGAUGCACACUUCAUCUGACGAGGAAAUGCGUGAUAUGAAGACAUUUAUUGAAAAAGUUGUAAAAGUAUAAUAUUUUUU